GACAGGUGACUUCAACUCUAACUGAAUCCAGACUAAACUUAACAGCAAAAAUGAGGUACAGAGCUUGUUGAAGUUUAUUUGGUUUAAAUUGUCAAAACACAUUUUAUUUCUUAAAACCAAAUCUUUUAUCUCUUCAGGGUUUUGUGGAUUUUGUGUCUGCUGAUUGGAAGCAUUACCUGCAGUCCUGUAUGGAAAGGUAAGAUCACAUCACACUUGACAGACUUCCUUUUAAAAGGCUAGUUUUAAUCCUUGUUUGUCCUUUUCAGCUGAACAAUCAGGCGGUCAAGGUCUGGCAGGCACAAGCAACAUGGCACCAUCAUAUCCUGCAUCUUGGGGUUCAGGAGGAGUGGAGAGUGCUGGUCUGGGCAGCAGCUCCUCAGGUCUAGCCAGCCCAAGCUAUGUUGUCCCCAAUGCUGGUGCUGGUGGCUACGGAGGCUCUGGAGUUGUCUACAGCAGCCCUGCAAUGGCUGGAGGAAGCGCUGGGGGCUAUGCAGGUGCUUAUGCACCCUCUGCUGGGUAUGGAGCUGGGGCUUCCAGUGGAGGCUAUGGUGGUGCUCAUGGAGGAUAUGGGUAUGCCUCAGCCCCUGAAGGUGCCGGCUCGAGCUCUGGAUCUACUGCUUAUGGCAGUGCUGGAGGUGAAGGCUCAGCGGGGCCGAUCUUCAGUGACGUGUCUGAUCUGGAUCCAGUCUACGCCUUCAGUUCUCGUUCACGCUACCAGAAAGGAAGAGCAGUGUUUGCCCAAAGCCGCUACACCCCAGGAGAGGCUCUUGUCCAACCCAUGCCCAUUUACAGACCAGUCAUCAAAAAUCCAGUCAUGAUCAGCAUUCCUGUCCAGGAACCAGUGAAAACCAUGCCUGUUCAAGCUCCUCAGGUUCCAGUGAAAUAUCAAACUAAAGGAGGCUACUAAAGAGCUCACUGGUAAGACGCAAAUCUCUAAAAGAUUUUGAUGGUUAAAAUUCUCUUUGCUGAAACUUGAGAUUUAAUUUUUUUUUAUUUUUUUUGUCUUUCAGGUCUUGACUUUAGUGAUGACUCUGUGCUGUCAUGUGAUGAAGAUUCAAAUAAACUGACUUGACUAAAA